GAGCGCGGCGGCGGCGGCUACGUGCCGAGGCUCAGGUCCACAAUGGGCCCCGCCGCGCGGGGGGGCGGGGAGGCGGCGGCGGCGGCCCCAGUUCCAGUUCCAGCCUCAGCACGAGCCGGGAGCCCGGCGGCGACGCAGCCGUGAGGCGCUGCCCAGCCCCAGCCCUUGCCCCAGCCCCGGCUCCGUGCCCUUGCCGGGUAUACGAUUGAGCGCGGCGGGGCCGUACGGUGCCCGCUUUUUCCCCGGCCCCGCGGCCGCCCCGUCCGUGAGCGGCCGGUGCCUGGCGGUGCGAGGGGCAGGGGGCGGGCACGGCUACAAAGGGCGGCGGGGCCGGGCCGGGCCCUCACCGACCUGCUCCUGUCCCGCAAGAGAGCCGGGUGGCGCCGGAGGGACCGCAAAUGAAGUGCGAGAACUGCACCAAAAAGGAAUGCAGUAAAAAACAGAAAAAUGAUGACUCGCAAAGUGCAUCUGUUGAUGCAUUGAGUUCUAACGAUGGCUUUGAAGAGAAAAAUGAGUUUUAUGCAUUGGCUAAUGCUAAAAUACUCCUUAGCGACUGCUUAGCAUGUGACAAUUGUAUGACAUCAGAAGAAGGAGCCAGAGUUUUCCAACAGAAUCAGAAGGAGCUCUUUCGUAUACUCAACCUUAAUAAGAAAUGCGAUACCUCAAAACACAAAGUGUUGGCAGUGUCUAUAUGCCCUCAGUCAUUGCCUUAUUUUGCUGCUAAAUUCAAUCUCUCUGUGAAUGAUGCAGCCAGGAGACUCUGUGGUUUCCUCAAAAGUCUCGGGGUGCAUUAUGUAUUCGACACCACUAUAGCUGCUGAUUUCAGUAUCCUGGAGAGCCAGAGGGAAUUCGUGCAGCGGUAUCAACGGAGGAACCAGGAGGAGCAUGCCUUACCAAUGUUUGCCUCUGCUUGCCCUGGUUGGAUCCGGUAUGCUGAGAGAGUACUCACCAAUCUUGUGACCUCCCACAUUUGCACUGCAAAGUCUCCACAGCAGAUCAUGGGCUCCCUGGUGAAGGGCUACUUUGCCAGGCAGCAGAACUUGUCUCCAGAUAAAAUUUUCCAUGUAAUUGUGGCGCCUUGUUAUGACAAGAAACUGGAAGCCUUGAGGGAAGAUUUCUACACCGCCUUGUAUAAUUCACAAGAAGUUGAUUGUGUUCUAACAUCAGGUGAAAUUGUCCAAAUAAUGGAGCAGAAAAAUGUGUCUAUGAAAGAUAUGACUGAAGUAGCUGUGGAUAGUUUGUUUGGUGAAAUAAAGGAGGGAGAUGUAGUAAGGCAUGAUGGGAAGAGAUCUGAUGGUUACCUGGAGCACAUUUUCAAACAUGCUGCCAAGGAGCUUUUUGGCAUGGAUGUCAAAGAAAUCACCUACAAAGCAUUAAAGAACAAGGACUUUCAGGAAGUCACCCUUGAAAAGGAUGGUGAGACGGUAUUGCGUUUCGCAGCGGCUUACGGCUUUAGAAAUAUUCAAAACCUGGUUCUGAAGUUGAAAAAAGGAAAGUUUUUAUACCACUUCGUAGAAGUCCUUGCCUGCCCAGGAGGGUGCCUAAAUGGAAAAGGCCAGGCACAAACUGAAGAUGGGAAACCAGAUAAAGCGCUGCUUAACCAGAUGGAAGAAGUGUAUGCUGCAAUACCUGUUAGACUUCCAGAAACCAACAUGUAUGUACAAAAGAUGUACCAGGACUGGCUAGAAGGCAUGGACUCCAGUAAGGUCCAGGAAACUUUGCACACCAAAUACAGUGCAGUAAAUCAAACAGCAAGCAGUCUGGAUAUCAAGUGGUAACCAAUCAAACUUUGAAAGAAUUUGCUUAGGUUAGUUACUGAUUCAGCACUGGAAACAUUCUAUGCAAUCGCAGAUGCUAUGCACUAGCCGAGUGUAUGAAUGAGACGCUUUCCUAGUUGUGGAUUCUUAGUUGUGAAGAACCAUUGGUUUUUAAAAACAAAAAGAGAAGUUUCCAAAAGCCCUGGUUCCUGCCAUUGUCUGUUAACUCUUACUGUAUGUUCUCUCCUGUGUGUAAUGAACUUCUUCAUUCAAAAAUGUGAUCUUGAAAGGUACGUAAGCACUUCCUGCCAGGUGCAGGGAGUGUGAGUCCUGAUUAAGCUACUCCAGAUUGAGGGUUCCCUUCACUUCACAACGUGGGCUUUCCCAAGAAGGCGAGACCAUCUCACUCCUACUGCUAGGUGUGCAAUCCCUUUCAUCAUGGGAGAACAGUCAUCGUGAAUUUCAAUAUUAUUGCAGUUGUUAUUAUAGUAACUUGGGAUUUACUUGCUUUGUUAAUGAAAACACCAACAACGAACAACACAUAUAACAACAACAACUUUGACAAGUGUGUAUAUGCAGAAGCGUAAUGAAUUUAUGUAUGCCUUCUAUCAAUAUUUCAACAGACAUUAUUCAGAUCCAAACUAGAAUCACCAUUCUUUACUGAUGUAACAUUGUGUAAGGAACAAGCUACUUCACAUAAAAUGAAAUUGGGAAACUAAUGUUAAAUGGUUACAAUGUAAGCCUUCAUUAAAAAUAGUUACAAAUAGUUGGUUGAUUGGUACAAAAAGAUAACUUUUCUUUCCUCUUAGUUUUCUCAUAAACUUGCAGCUACGAAGACUGGUGCUGCUUACAUUAGCUUUUUUAUGAAAGUGAAACAUGCACAUGCACUGUCAUGUGAGCAUGUGCAUAGUACAACUUUCUUAGAUUUGCUGAGCCAGACUCGCAGCACUUCUAUUCUCAUGUUUCGGUACACAGAAUACCAGAUUGUUCUUUUUCACUUUUCUCCAUGGUGACAGACUUCUGUAAAAAUGGAGUUUUUCCACUUCAUGGAGUGCAUCUGAAAAAAUACUUAGCACUGCUUGUGAGCUCAAGUUAUUAUACAUUGGCAUCAUUAGUUGUGGUGUCCCUACUUUUUAGGUAUGCUAUAGAGGUUUAAUUUAAGAAACAAAGUGGUAUUUGCAUGCAAGCAUUUUUGCACCUUCAUGAGUUGUCAGAGAGGGUAGUAGAAGAAUGUGAUGGACAAAAAAAAGAAUCAAACUAUUGCCAAAUGUCUUCAAAUUUUCAUAGUAGCAUUGUAUUCUUGAUUAAUGGCCUUUUUGAAGCUAGCACAGUUUCAGAUUGUUUUCCAUUCUGCAAGUGUGGAUGGGCUUCGUUAGUCAUUUCAAGAAGUGUUUGAAUGCAUCUUCUUGUGAAUUUCUUAGUAUUGCAACUGCUUGUGUGCAUAAGUUCUAAUACUGCAAAAGCCUGUCUCUAUUUGAAAUCAGCAUUUAACUUGAAUGCAGUGGAUGGGACGGAGGCAUUAGUAAAGGCAACACAAGUGCUUGCAGUGGCUAAACAACAGAGGCUCAAGAGUAGAGGGAGAGACUUAAGUGUGUUACCCUGAUGACAAGAGAUAGCUGAAUGUGAAGCUGUUAAUAGAAUUGCAGCUUUUAAUUGGACUUCAAACUAAAUAAAAUAUUUCGCUUUGAGGGACUUGUUUUCAUCAAGUGCACAUGAAUUCAAUUACUGUGCUACCUGAAUGCACACAAUGAGAUUAUACCCAUAAAUUAGCCUUUGUAAGUUGUUCCUUGUUUUAAUAAAAACAUUAUACUUACGUGGUGCAAUAUCAGAACAUCUACAGAAAUCUACCUCUGUACAGGAAGGGAGUCCAGAAAUCAUGGGAAGAUCUAUGUACAGCUAAAACUUUAUUAAAUGCUGAAGACAGAUGGUGGUGUUGCAUGAAACUUCUGAAUAGACUAUUAGAGGCAACACCUGUCCCCUUUGAUCUCAUUUUGCUUCUGUCAUGAUUUCCUCCAAAAAACUUCAACAGAAGUACCUUGUAAUAAAGUGGUCUUGUUCUGUUUGUAUAGGCAUAUGUUUCUAUGUAUAUAUGGUUUAUAGCUUGAUGGCAUGUUUAAAUUAUAUUGCUUCACUUCUUUGUAUAGUGUGCUUAUUUUUUAUGUGCAUAUACUGGACAAAAUGGUACGAUAAAGUUGUUGCUUUUCUGAUGAAAUCUUCAUUAAACUUCAAAAGAGCUGCCUUCCUAUUCUGAAAGGAUACCCUUGAACUGUUUGUACAACUUGAAAAAUAGGUGGUACUGCUGUACAUGUUUUCUUCUGCCAUUGUGCUUGCCUGUUGCACUGAAGAGCCUUGCUUCCCCUACUGGUGGGAGACCCUUAGAAUGGGAGAAUAGGUGACAAAUCUGUCCCCAGUAUACUAUGCUGUGCUCCCACCACAAGGGAAGUAGGUGGCUCAGUGCAUAAAAAUUUAAACUUUAUCAGUUGAGUCCACCAUUUCCUCCACCUACAUAGUGAUGUAACCUAUUGAGAUAGCAGUGUAUAAAUCUAGUAGAAUAUUUGUCUGCCCCAAUAUUCUUUUAAAGAUGACAAAGGCAUUAACUGAACAGCUUCUAGUGGCUAGGUGGAAUGUAUGUAUUAUAACUAAUGACUUAGUGUCUGAUACUUGUCCAAUUUUUUGGUCAGUUUUUGUUUUAUAAGAAUUUUGGAGUAAAACUGAUUUUAAUUUUUUUUUUACCUUUUCUUUAAAGUGCCAGUUUAAAACAAAUCAAAAACUCUUUAACUGUAAUUAGUCGUUCCCCUUCCCUCUUCUUUCACUGAAUUUUUUGCAGUUUAUUGCAGAUUAUCUGUAGUGUAAUACUUGCCAAAGAUUUGAUUCUGGCUUUUAAAUUUACAUUUGGCAAGUCCGUCAUUGUUGACAAUGUAUUUCUAGCCAUGCUUCCUGAAACUACAGCGCCAUUUAGUUCUCUGAUGCAAUUUUUGGCAACUAAUAAUUUUUCUUGCUGCUGUGUUUUCAGCAAUGGGACAAGUUCCUCGUGUGGUUGAAUGUUGUGCUGAGACAAUCUGUCUCUAGAUGAUUUUUAGAAAAGACUAAGUUGAAGGGAUUGGGAGAGAGUAACUGGAAAUGCUAAAUUUUAAUUUGGAAAUUGUCCUGAGGUAUUAUUGGCAAGCAUAUCAAGUGGUGGAUACCUCGGGUUAUAUAGCAUUUUGUUCUGUGACUGCUACAACAGGGGAUACACAUUGUAAUUUUGCUAUGCCUUUUCCAGUAAGUUUGCCUCAGCCACAGAACCUUGUAUUUGUUUGUCCACUGCAGUUAAAGAAGAUGGACAGAUAGGAGCUAUGCUAUCACUUAGAAUAUUGCAUAUAUCGAUGCGUAGCAGUCUCAACUGGAUUAUAUUUGGAUAAGGUUCAGUUACCUAAAUUUCGGUGCUUUGUGUUCAAAUGGAGCAUGACCAUGAAUUGUCCUAAUAAAUAUUGAUACCGAAUCA